CUCAGUGUAGGCGGUACGCGGGGGCGCGAAGAGGGAGGUGCCUGGUUUCUCGCCGCGCUGGGAAUCGGCCUUCGCUGCUGCGAUUGGGCGCCCAGCGGCGUGGGCUGGGAGUCCUGAGCGCCGAGGCCACCGGGCGGGGGCGCUCGGCUGGUCUCCGGCAUCUUUGAAAGUCUCAUAGCCGGAAGCUGCUGACCCCUGGGGCCUGGAAUUAUCUCACAAAAGAGCCCUUCAUCGCAAGGAAAAUGAAGCGCUCUUCAAAGGCAUCAGUUCGAAAAUCAGAUAAACCUCGCUCAGGAAAAGACUACAGAAUGUAUUUGUCCAAUAUUGGAAGGAGAAAGGCAAUACAAGAAGCUGUGAAAGAUAUUUCAGCUCAAAGGAUACAGAGAGCUUGGUUAUCUUAUAUGGACAAAACAAUAUUUCGACUCUUAAAGCACGCACUUUGUGCAGUGCAUCAUCAUCUAUUUCAGGAAUGUUGUGUGACACAUCAAAUCCUGAAGAAAGUGAGCCCCUUAGAGGCUGAGCUUCUGAAAGAUCCUAGCAUGAAGUGUAAAGUUAGAUUCAGGUUUAGUGGUGAAACGUUUCCACCUUUCAUCGUAUUUAAAAUUUUUCUUCAUAAUGAAGGCCAUGGUUACAAGUACUUCAGCGGAAAAAAUUUAUUUAAACCAUCAAAUGAGGGAGUGGCUGAUGCUUGCAAAAUGAUGGGGAAAAAGAAGUUUUACCAUCAAAUUAUGGAAGAUGAACAUCGUUUCCAGAAAUUCAAAAUAACUGAUGAAAUAGAUAUUGUCACCCUGAAAGAUUACAUGCAAUAUUCCAGUCUCCUAGAUGAGACCCCUGCAUCUUCCGGUGGCAGAAGUAACUACUGGCGAAAAUUAAACCUCAAAAACAUCCCCAGGACCAUGAUAAUAUACGACAUAGUUGAUUAUGCAGAGUCUGGAAUCAUCUCAAACCGUCUACAAAAAGAAAUGAAGUAUCUAUUACAGAGACCAGGAACAGAAGAGAUGCGUCAGCACCAGCUACAGAUUGUUUCUGAAGUUAGAUGCCCUUCAUCCUUUUCAGCUAUCAAACCUUUAUAUCGGCCCUACCAACAGCGGAAUCAAAUUAAACAUCUAGGUCGUCGAUCCAAGCAAGCUCAAAUGAAAGUUGAAAAAAUGAAAAAAGCUUAUAAGAUGGCUAAAGAAAAAAACGCUUCCAAGGCGACGGAACCACAAACACACACACGAAGUACAAAGCAGCGACAGACGAUCAUCUUCUCUACCCCAUCUUUUAACGUUGUGAGAAUUGAUGAGCUCACGCCAGAUGAGGAAUUGGAAAAACAGGAAGAGGAAUUAUUUGCCUGGUAUCAAGACUUGUAUAUUAAUAGUUCUCUGUCAUGUUAGUGCAUAGCUAACUGAUAGAAAAACAAAUUGUUUAACAAUCUGCUUGUCUUGCUAAUAUGCAUAUUAAAGGAAAAUGAAGUAAAAACAAGUCUUCAGGAUGGUCUCUUAACUAAAU